AUGUCUGAGACUAUGGAUAUAGAUGUUCCUCCGGUAGAAGAGCAAAAAGAAGAGGAAGAAACAACGACAGUCGAAAAAAAAGCACCAUCCAACGCUACAAAAAAGCCAAAGAAACCUCGUUUCGAAGUUAGAAAGUGGACGGCCGUGGCGUUCUGGUCUUGGGAUAUCGUUGUUGAAAAUUGUGCCAUUUGCAGAAACCACUUAAUGGAGCCUUGUAUAGAAUGUCAACCAAACAAUAUGAGCUCAUCCAAUGAGGAAUGUAUCACAGUAUGGGGGUCUUGUAAUCAUGCUUUCCAUAUGCAUUGUAUUUCUAGAUGGUUGAAGACUCGUAAUGUGUGUCCUUUGGAUAAUAGGGAAUGGGUAUUCCAGAAAUAUGGUAAAUGA